AGCCUGUGUGGUUUGUUUGCUCAAGGGCGCUGCUCUUGGUUAUUGAUCAGGCCUGCAAAGGAGUGAUACCUCCGUUUAAGUGACACGCCGGUAAACAUUACAACGGGGAUUCCGACCCCGGCUGGCCCGUUGCACAGUGUGCACAUUUGAGCACUUGGGCUCUCUGGAGGCCUGCACGGUAUGUGAAAUUACAGUGGUUCCAAUGUGUAAAGCCUGAGAGGCCAGAUGCCCCUGAUGUCCUCUUUCCUAGCAAACCUUUCCGUCUCCUUUGGCUGAGUCCACUCCACGUAGGAGUCGGUUCUGGGACAAGCCCUCUUCUUGGCAUCGGGGAACGUGGCCGAUGCAAUUUCCUGCUCCCAUGAAGCUUGGAGUUGGCUGAUCAAGACAAAUGCCAAAGAGGAAACGAUGAUAAUAAGUAGGCUGGAAGACCCAGGAGAAGGCCGGGCCUCAGGUGCCCACAUGAUCAGCACAGCAAGGGUACCUGCAGAUAAACCAGUGCGCAUCGCAUUUAGCCUCAAUGAUGCCCCAGAUGAUACACCGUCUGAAGAUGCUGUUCCUUUGGUCUUCCCAGAGCUAGAGCAGCAGCUCCAGCCUCUGCCGCCGUGUCACGACUCCGUAGAAUCCAUGCAGGUGUUUAAACAGCACUGCCAAAUAGCAGAGGAGUACCAUGAGGUCAAAAAAGAGAUCGCCUUGCUUGAGGAAAGGAAAAAGGAGCUCAUUGCUAAGCUGGACCAGGCAGAAAAGGAGAAGAGGGAUGCUGCUCAGCUGGUUCGAGAGUUUGAGGCUCUGACAGAGGAGAACCGGACGCUGAAGAUGGCCCAGUCCCAGUGCGUACAACAGCUAGAGAAACUCAGAAUCCAGUAUCAGAAGAGGCAGGGCUCCUCCUAACAUCAGCCGAUGAAAUGUGAGCACACAAGGUUUCUGGCUGCUAUGCACCAGCCAACAAGAUUUGUAUCUUAAAGGGACAGAGAGCAAAAUCUGCUGCUUCUCUUUAUCACCCACAUGGCAAAUGUCUAGAAUGAGUUUAGUGCUGCCUAGCUUCCAGCUUGAAAGAGGGAUAUUUUAUUUUAAUUGAGGCCAUUAAUACAAAGCUAUCACCACCAGUGUAUAUUUUCAGAGAUCAGAGUUCUUUUCCAAAGAUUUAUGUAUACAUAUAUAUAUUUCUUAGUUAGAAAGAUAUGAUCAUACUAUACAUUAGAGUAGAAAAUAAUAGAAAUAGGAUAUUGACUGGUCCCACUGAAAAUCAUGAGCCAUAAAACAAGUCAGCAGGAUAUUCACUGUAGUUUCACAUCUGGGCAUUUUAAAAUUUUAAAAUUUUAAAAUUUUAUGCCUUUUCAUCUUUCAAGUCUGCAUAUUUCAAUGGCAAACCAUAGAAACUUCUUUCCACAUAAGUGAAGUUGGUUGAGUCAGAUGUGCUUCUCCAGUGAUUGAUUGUCCUAAGAAUAAAUGGUUUCCUAGCCUAAGUGCUUUCUCAUGAAAAUGUUAGCAGCCAUCGUGUGCAUGCCAAAGCUCACUGGCCAGUGUUGACUUGCUGUGUUAUAAAGAAUCAAGGCGGCUGCGCUUUCUUCACUCCGUGUUAGCGCGCACUGGAUACAUUCGCCCUGGCUGUGUGUGUCUGGGGGAUCUGGGCCUGGGGAAAGUGGAAAGAAACCCUUCAGACACUACUUGGUUGAGUGUCUGUGGAAGACCAGUGGAGUGUUUGGGGUUCCGGAAAUGUGUUAGAUCAGUAGGAACCGACAGGAAUGUGCUUGUGAAUUCAGGGGUAAAAUGAUUUCCCUUCGUUCCAGCAACCACACUUUCCCACCCACUGUUCUGUGUCCAUUUCUAUUUACAUGACUUCUUUUUCAUUAAACAUGGAUCAA